GCGUCGUAAGUAGGUCAAAGGUAAACCGUCAUGUCCGCUGUGUUACCUUUGGCAUGCAGAAAGUUCCUAAGCAAUACAGUAAUAAACGUUAUAGUCGUUUACACAGAAUGUUGCUGAUAUAUUGUUGAAAGGGAUUAGACUUCCUCUUUUAUACCUGAUCAUUUACGAGCGGAGAGUCCUUGUUCGACAGAAAACCCGAACUGGAUUGCUGUGGAGGCUUGAAUAACGUGGAUUACAGUCAGAUGAACAUGUCUCUGGCGGUCCUGUCGAGGUUUAUAGACCUGACAGAACCCAGGUUCUGCGUGGCUGUUGUUGCUAUCAUUUUCAACCCAUUCUUCUGGAAUGUGGUUGCCAGAUGGGAACACAGAACACGAGGACUGACACGACUGUUCGGUAGUCCUUAUACAGCCUGUUAUUUCCUUGGAUUUCUCAUCUUGCUCCUAAAUGUUUACCGUAGUCACAGUAUUACAGUAGCCAUGAAGGGACAACCACGUUUGGACAUGCUGGACAAUGUACAGGUGUACUAUACAGGAGCAGCUCUUGUGGCCUUUGGUUCUUUGUUUGUUAUCAGCAGUUUCCUGGCCUUGGGUUUUACUGGCACCUUUCUGGGGGACUAUUUUGGAAUCCUAAUGGAUCAGAAGGUGACCGGGUUUCCCUUUAAUGUGAUGGACAACCCGAUGUACUGGGGCAGCACUGCUAACUACUUUGGCCUGGCCUUGAUGAAUGCCAGUCCUGUAGGGUUGGUCCUGACUGCAGUGGUUGGUUUGUCUUACUGGAUAGCUAUUGCAUAUGAGGGACCAUUCACAGAGGAGAUCUAUUGGCAGAGGAGCCAGCGGUGCAAGCACAAAUAGAGAUGAAGUGUGAUUGUAAAUACACAUCACAUGUGCUGACACUUUAUGCUGACGUUCAGACAACCAUAUGGAGAAGAGUGGAUGGAAACGAGGGAUGUUCAUGAACUUCCGAUGUAAACACUGAUGUAGCUGUAACUAUUUAAGACACUGUGAACUCUGUCACCCUGUGCUGGAUGUCUUAUUGGCAUACGAGUAAUGACUGAAAGGAUAAAGCACAUGAGAAAUCGAUUUAAAAAAAAAUCUUUUACAGACAUAUACAAAUUUAAAACACUUUUUAAAUGAAAAGAAGACCGUAUUUGUUGUCAAUCUUUCAUUUUAGGAAUCACAUACUUAGCUUGUUCUCAUCUGUAAGUUGCUAUUUUCGAUAUGAUGUCAUAACUGUAAAGAUAGUUUUGUUGUGUUCUUAAUACAUUCCUAACAUACAUCCUGACUGAAUUCAGCUCUUUAAGGGUUCAUUUGUUGUAAUGUAAUGAAAGUGAAUAUGACGACAUGUCUGGAUUUGUUUUUCUUCAGUACACUAAGUUCUCUCUCCUUUGUUUCCUACGAAAUAUAAAAUAAAUGGAUGAAUUCUAAUCCUUAA